AUGGCAUUCCUGUUCGGCUCGCCGAUUGUGGUGACAAUCUUGCUUGAUGGUGUGGAAGAGAGGAAAACCAUCGACUUCACCACCGAGAACGGAUCAGAAAAAUUGCCCCUGUACAUUGGGGACGAGACCGUGAAGGGUGUUGCCAAAGUCACGUGCAAGGAAGGAAAGAAGUAUGAGCACCAGGGAAUCAAGGUCGACUUUAUCGGGCAAGUUGAGAUGUUCUACGAGCGAGGCAGCAGCCACGAAUUUGUUUCGCUAUCGAAGGAGCUCGCCGCUGCGGGAGAGAUCACAGGCGUGAACGAAUUCCCCUUCGAAUUCUCCAAGGUGGAGAAGCAGUACGAGUCGUACCACGGCAUCAACGUGCGCCUCAGGUACUUCGUGCGCGUGACAGUGACGCGGGGCCUGGCGUCGACGGUUACGACCGAGAAGGACAUUUGGGUGCACAACUACCAGGUGAACCCGGACGUCAACAACCCCAUCAAGAUGGAGGUCGGUAUCGAGGACUGCCUUCACAUCGAGUUCGAGUACAACCGAUCCAAGUACCAUCUCACUGAUGUCAUCAUCGGCAAGAUCUAUUUCCUGCUCGUGCGCAUCAAGAUCAAGCACAUGGAGAUCGCCAUCAUCAAGCGAGAGUCGACCGGCUCUGGACCUAACCUGUACAACGAGAGCGAGACCAUCACCAAAUACGAGAUCAUGGACGGUGCCCCUGUCCGAGGCGAGUCAAUCCCCAUCCGUCUCUUCCUGACGCCGUUCGAGCUCACCCCCACCUACCGCAACGUCCACAGCAAGUUUUCCCUCAAGUACUACCUUAACCUCGUUCUCGUGGACGAGGAGGAUCGUCGCUACUUCAAGCAGCAGGAAAUCGCCCUGUGGCGGAAGGCCGACAAGACGAGAACGAAGACCGGCGAGAGGACGCGUCAGCACAAGAGGUACGAGGGCAAGCGGGACAAGGAAGCGGCCGAAAGGGAGAAGGCCGGCAUCAAGGAGCCCAAGAACGACGACGAAGAGCACGAGUACUAG